CCAGCAGUGCGCAGGAGUGGAAGUCACACGGUGGUGUCGCGGCGGUAUCCGUUGGUUUCAGGAGCUGAAGACAUGUGGAGGACGCGCUGACGUUCCUCCGAGCGGCCGUUAAACGAACCAAAAACCCGCAGAAACCCUCCGUGUUCGGUGAAAUUAGAGCUCCGGGCUGCUGUUCGGACGGAAGAACUUCGUCUCUGUUCGGAGCAGAAUCGGAAAUCAGCGGAACAAGCAGGUAAGGAAAGAUGUCGUACUACUCGUCCCGAAGUUCGUCCAGAGCCACCGACUGUAAAGUUUACGUCGGUGACCUCGGUAACGGCGCCGCUAAGGGGGAGCUGGAGCGAGCGUUCAGUUAUUACGGUCCGCUGAGGAGCGUCUGGGUGGCCAGAAACCCUCCAGGGUUCGCCUUCGUGGAGUUUGAGGAUCCCAGAGAUGCAGAAGAUGCUGUCAAAGGCAUGGAUGGAAAGGUUCUCUGUGGUUCCCGUGUCCGGGUAGAGAUGUCCACAGGUCUGUCCAGGAAGGGUCGAGGGCGUCCGAGCCGCCGCCAGUUCGACCCCAACGACCGGUGCUACCAGUGUGGAGACCGAGGCCACUAUGCCUACGACUGCUACCGCUUCAGCAAGAGAGGCCGGCGCAGCAGGUCCCGCUCUCGUUCGCGGUCUCGCUCCAGGUCCAGGUCUCGCGGACGUCGCUACCGUUCUCGCUCUCGCAGCCGAAGCCACAGCAGGAGCCGCCGUCGAUCUCCAUCCUAUUCCAGACGCAGGAGCAGGUCUGGAUCUCAGGCUCGCUCCAAGUCCAGGACUCCAGUGAGAAGUCGCUCCAGGUCUCGUUCUCGGUCCGGUUCUGCCCCCAGAGGACGUUCUGCCUCCAGAUCCCGCUCACGAUCUCCGUCUGCCAACCACAAGAGGAACAGCGUGUGGUGGGAGCUGAGCACUGCACUGACACCGCAGCUGAUCCCAGGCCCAGGGUCUGCCAGCUGGCGGUGCGUACGUCCUGCGGGAGGGUGACUAAGCGCUGACCUGAGAUCAGCCUUCGCCUGCAUCUGGUGUUAGACAGCGAGAAAGAGGUCGACCUACCGACCGAACCCUCCCCCACAGUGAAUGGGCGACUGUCUGUUCGACCGACGCACACGCUCAGACGAGAUCAGCCCGCGCACAUUCAGUCGUUCGACUAGAGUCACCCAGCCAGCCAGCCUUCAGACCACCAGAGGGCUGACCCGCACAGAUCACACCUUUUUAAACCCGUUACCUACCUACCAGACCCCCCUACCUACCAGAGUUCUUCGGCCUCUGUCUUAGCUUCUGAAAGUGAGAGAAAGAGCUGACGAGAGAUCAGUCUUCAAGAGCCUCCCAGCGCAGUGUCUCUCCAAGUUGUAGUCAUCCGUCCUUCAGUCCUUUCAUCCUUCGCUUCUCUGUACUUGUUGUUUCUGCCACUGUCUCCAAAGGUAACCAAAAAUCAAACCCCCUGACAAGCUCAUGUUGAUGGUGAGAGAGAAUUGACAGGCUUUUUAUUCAUGUAUUCUGGGAAUCUGGUGACUGUUAGAGCUAAAGUUGAGCCUUUAACCAGCAUGCUCAGGUGUGUGUCUGCAUGUGUGUGUGGCUGAGUGAGCGUCAGAGCCUUUGUCAGAUAUGCUUUCUUUUCUUCUCAUGUGCCACAUCAUUACCAUUUUAAGCCGCUUUUCUGUGUUUGUAGCCGUUGAAGGGUUAGAUGUGUGAGAGCAGAGACCAUGCUAACAGUGAGCGCUAGCUGAAGAGUCGCCCCGGGGUUUAGUUUCCUGUUCAGCCUUUGAUCCUGGACAGAAAGAUUAGCUGCCGUGUGCCGGGCUCAGAGUGCAGGAGUUUUGGCAUCCGAACUUCAAGACAUAAGCUGGAAAAUGAUUUUGAGAAAGAGGGUUAGAAAGUAAAGCAGAAGCCGUAAAGGAGGAAAUAGUUCAACUCUGGUCAUCUGCAGGCAGCUUUCCACUGCAGGAACUCAGGGUCGACAGCAGGUGGCGUCAGUGUUUGCAGGAUUCAAACAGCAACUUAGACUAGUUAGAGCACGUCUUAGUUUUUUCUAUUUUGAAAAUCUGCAGCAUCAGAUGCUUAAUUUCAUGAAUUUUGGUGAAAUUUUAAGCGAGAAUUGAGCAUUUUCUGCCUCAAUUUCUGGUGGACUUUAUGCAUAAGAACAGAGAAUUGAGGAACAAGGGCACAAUUCAAUAGAAUAGAAUAUGUGUGGAUCUGAUUCAGUUUUUUAAUUUAAAUUACCAUUUUGCAUUUCAUUUCAAUUUUUAAUUUAUUUUUUAUUUGGUUUCAUUGUUUUUCAUUUUGUUUUUUAUUUCAUUAAAUUUUAUUUAGUUUUAUUUAUUUAGUUUUAUUUAGUUAUUUUGCUUUAUUUAGUUUCAUUUUAUUUUUUUUAUAUUUUCUUUUAAGUUUUAGUUUUAUUUCAUUUUUAGUUUCAUUUUAUUUUUAUUUUAUCAGAUUUUGUGUUAUUUCAUUUUGUUUUAAUUUCAUUUUAUUUUAUUCCAUUUUUUAAAAUAAGUGUUUUUUGUUUUAUUGUAUUUUGUUUGUUUUGUUUUAUGUAGUUUAAUUUUGUUUUAGUUUUAUUUAAUUAUAUUUUUUAUUUUUAAUUCCUUUCAUUUUGUUUGAUUAUAUCUUUUUUUUUGUUUUAACGUAGAAAAGGGAGCCGCUGCAGUCUAUUACUAUCCAUUAAUUACAUAUUUGUUAAAUAUAAUUAUUCUUAAACCAAUAAGCGUUGUAACCUUCAGAGUGUCAAAUCGGUACGGUUUUUCUCCCCUAAAAAUGAAACGAGGAGAUUUUUGCAGCUCGGAUUGCCUUAAAACUGCGAGUUCCUGCCGUGGAAGCAGCUUUAGGGAGCAUCUCCAGAUAGUGCACAUAAAAUAUACAUGAUAGUAAAUAGAAAGAAUCCUAGAAGUCUGCAUGUUCACACUCAUGUUCCUCUGUCCUGUGUUUGACCAAAAGAAAAGUUGUUUAGGGUUGGGACUUCAGUCAAUAAUUAAUUAUAAUUUAAUGUAUAUUCAUCAAUCAUUUAAUAUUAUUGGGAGCCUCGAUGAGUCUCCAGGCAACUCAGGAGGUUUCAAAGUGGAUCAUUAAACUCACAUUAACGGAUAACCUUUAACUCAAAGAUGUCACACCAGAUGAGGAGCAAAACAUCCCAGAACUCCUGUAGUCUGAGCCCAGCAUCACAGGAAUAUUAGACCUAAAGACAUGAAAAUAAUAAAGAUGUGAGAGGUCAGAGGUGUUCAGACAGUCCACAGAUAUCAGCACCUGUCCGGUCAUGAACCUUAAAGUUAAGAUGCUUUAUAUUUCUGAUCUUUGCCGUCCUCCCCUGCAGCCAACUAACACUCCUCUGUUUCUGUUUCAGUCGUUCCCGUUCAGCAAGUCCAAACCGGAGCCCGACACCAGCAGACGACUGAGCGAAGAAGAAUAUUAGUCCCCUUCACUGUCCCUAACCCUGCACCCUGUCUGCUUUUACCUCCAGCAGCUCUUUUUGUAUUUGUCUAGUCGGUCGUUCAGGUUUGAUUUUUUUUUCUCCACAGGACUGUAGUCGUCAGGCAGCCUCAGAUUGUUCAGGCUUUAGUCGGUGCAGAAAUCAGUUUCCAUUUGGUCGGGGUUUGUUUUAAACGUUGCUGCUGCGUGGAUCAUCUUAGUUUACGUAGCCGGUGUAAGAAGCAGCAGCAGUGAAGGUUGCAGCUGACUUUUAGCAGUAAAUGAUGGCGGGAUGUAGCACAGCUGAUGGCUUCUGGAGAACGACGCUGCAUCGAUCUACUGCUUUUACUCCCAGAGCUCAAAUUUCCCCAAAAUAUUCCUCCCCAUUGAGAAUUGGCGAACUAGUUAUUGGUUGUUUUGCGUUUGAAUGCAAUUUAAUUUCCAGAAUUUCUGGCCUGCAUGCCUUUAAAUGUGAUGCCACAUUCCUGUUUGUUGUUUUUUUUCUGCUGCUCUGUCCUUUUAUUACAGACCUGACCAGACCUGGUCUCUGUUUGCUGAGUAGAUUUUCCUCAUGUGUUGAUCUGAUUUGUUUCUGUGACAGGAUUUUAAAAUGUAAACAGUGCUUCAGUUUGAUUUCUGUAAGCAGCUGCUUUGACAGUUUUUUGGUGUGCCUGGCUUCUAUGUUAGGACAGUGGCAGUUUUAUUUUUGAAUAAACCUCUUCAACAGACA